CAUGCUUGUGGCUAGCACAGUUCAAUAACCAAAUUACUGCAACUUCAUUAAGCAGUGAUAUAUGAUACCAAAUUUAUCAUGUCGUCACUUAAGAUUAACCAGAAAUUCGCCGAAAAGUACGACAAGUACAGACAGAAGGAAGAGCUGCAGAAAUUGAAGGAUCGCUUUGGGGACCGGGAUGAUGGUAGUUCCUCUGGCUCCUCCGACUCAGAAUCUGAUGAUGAGAGUGAAGUGGAGUUAGAUCCCAAACUUGAGAGAGAUUUUUACCGGACCCUGUCUUUGUUAAAGAAAAAAGACCCAAAGAUUUAUCAGCAAGAUGCAAAGUUCUAUACAGAAGAAGCAUCCAGCUCAGGCAGCGAUGAGAAACCCUCCACUUCUAAAAAAGCUGAAAAACCAAUGUUCCUAAAGGAUUAUGAACGCAAAGUCAUUUUGGAAAAGGGAGGAAAAUAUGAUGAUGAGAGUGAUAGUGCUGAUGAUGAGGUGACCAGGCAGAUGCAGCAGAGAGCUGCAUCUCCCAGCUACGUUCAAGAGCAGAAGGAACUGAAAGAAAGUUUUCGAAGGUUCGUGCAGGACAGUGGUGAUGAAGCCAGUGAGGAUGAAGCGCUGCUAAAACGCAGAAACAAAACUCAAGAAGAGCAGGAUAAGGAGGAGGCUGAUUAUGUGGAGUGGCUUAAAGGCCAGGCUGAGCUGGAAGGAAAGGAGGAAGUUCAGGACAUGAAAUACCUGAGGGACUACUGGAAUGACCCAAAACUGGAUGAGAGAGAGUCUUUUUUAAGAGACUACAUUCUUAACAAAGGUUACCUGGAUGAAGAUGAGGAGAAGAGGAUUCCCAGCUACGAUGAGCUCAUGCAGGACGAUGUGGAAGACUCUGAGGAGGAAGGAGAAUCAUUCCUGCAGAAACAAGAGGAUUUUGAAAGGCACUACAAUUUUCGAUUUGAAGAGCCCGACGCUUACAAGAUUAAAACGUAUCCUCGUAGCAUCGCUACUUCCGUUCGAACCAAAGAUGACAGCAGGAAGAGAAAAAGGGAGGAAGUGAAGGAGAGAAAGAAAAAGGAGAAGGAGCAAAAGCAGCAGCAGCUAAAGGAGCUGAAGAACCUAAAGCGAGCUGAGAUCAUGGACAAGCUGAAGAAACUACAGGAGCUGACAGGGAAUGAACAGCUGGCCUUCAGUGAGAUGGACCUGGAGGGAGAUUUCAACCCUCAGCAACAUGACCAGCUCAUGCAGAAGUUUUUUGGUGAUGAGUACUAUGGACAGGAUGAGGAGGAGAAACCCCAGUUUGAUGAUGAAGAUGAGUUGGAAGGACAUUGGAAUUGGGACACGUGGACAGGUGAGGACGAGGAAGAAAUCGGAGAAGUGAAAUCGGAGUAUGAAGGUGAAGAUAUGAGCUAUGAGCUGAACUGCGAUGAUCCUGACUUUAUUAUGGAUGCUGAUUAUGAUCCCAGUCAGCAGGCCCUGUCGAAGAAGAAAAAGAAGAAGCAGAAGGAACAAAGAAAGAAAAACGUCAAGGAUGAUGCUCCUCUUAUGGGCAAAAAGAGGAAAAAAUCUCAUUUUGCCGAAGUUAUUACCCAAGACAAACCAGUCUUUAAUCCACAGGAAAAGUCAUUCGAGCAGUAUCUGGAUGAAUACUACAAAUUAGACUAUGAGGACAUUAUAGAUGACCUGCCCUGCAGGUUUCGCUACAGACAGGUGGUGCCUAAUGACUUCGGCCUGACCACUGAUGAGGUUCUAGGAGCAGAUGAGAAAGAUCUGAAUCGCUGGUGCUCUCUGAAAAAAACCUGCAUGUUCAGGACUGAAAGAGAGGAGCUCUGUGAUGUGAAGAAUUAUCAGAUCAAAGCUCAAAACGUUGGGAAAAAGAAACAAGUGUUGGUGUCACUUUAUGCAGAAAACGAUGAGCUACAAGGGGAGACAAACGCCAAGGUGAAAGUGGGCAAGAAGAGAAGAGAUCGGAUGAAGAAGGCAGAGCUGGCAAAGGAGGAGCAAGAAGAAAAGAAAGAGGAAGCAGUGUCUGAUCAGGAUGCUGUAACAUCCAACCAUGCAGACAAUACACCAGCCCAAGCUUUAAUAGACACGGCUGUGGAGGCUGAAGAGGACGAUACAGACUUCCUGGUGCCCAAGAAAAAGAUAAAAACUGAGAAAAGCACGGAAUCCCCGAAAGUCAAACCGAGGACUGAAAAGCCUAAAUGGCCGAAGAAGAUAAACAGACGGCCGGGUGGACGGCUACUCACUGGGGCUCUAAAGGUGAAGAUGGGUGGCCGAGAGUUCAGUCGGCAGAGACUGAAAGCUUAUGGGCUGAACCCUAAGAGAAUACAUUUCAGGGAAUUCUACAGGCAGAAACGAAAAGACAGAGAAAGGAAAGAGAAGCUAAAAAACAAAGGCAAAGAGUGAUUAGUGAUUAGGCUAAUGUAGUAUUUUAGGCUGGGAACAUCCUUGACACAAGUACACAAAUGAGUGUGUAUCCUGUUGGACAUAACUUAUGUGUUAAUAUAUGAUACUGUGGAGGUUAGCAUCAGUACGAUCAUGAGUGUGACCUGUUGUUAUGUUAAGUUUCCCUGUUAGAGUAUAUGUAUGUAUGUAUGUAUGUGUUUAUCUUGCUCAACUAGCUCAGAUUCUGGAACAUUUUUAUACAUGAACACAACAUUGACUUGGAAGAAGAGAUGUAUCCUCUUCAGUUCGUGAUAUUGAUCUUGCUUAGCUGGAUGAGUUUAACUGAAUGUGUUGUAUGUUCUUAGUUUUGGGCUGAAACAGUGAACAUUUGUCUUUAACACAAUCAGUUGAAAUCCUGGCUUGACCCGUUUUUAAAUAUAAAAGGAAACAUCAUUGAACAGUGGCUGAGAUUAAUUAAUGUGGUUCUACAAUAACAGUUUUCCAUUUUAUUUAAACAAAUAUGGUUUAGACCAAAUAUGGUUUAGACUAAAUACAGUUCAUCCAAGCCGUGCUCCGGGGUCCAACAAUGGCAGCUUGGUAGUGGUAGGAAUUGGACCGUACACUUUUUGAUGGACAUUUAAAAUACUUAACAUUGCUCAUCUGCUCCUCCUGGGUUUAAAAUAUUAAAAUACAUUUUAUCCAACCUGCUUUAAUUCAGUUUGAAACCUGAUGACUUUAAUUACACAUUUUUAUAAAUAAAUGUUUACUCUGUGUGAUUUCAAGCUCACUUGGCUUUAGUGUAAUGUGUGUUGUGUUUGACCUAAAAGUUGAUCAUGAUUAUUGAGUAAGAUUUAGAUUAGCCAAAUGUGACUGGAAUCUCCAGUAGGCUACAUUUUAAAAUAGUGGCUUGAGCUUGUUGAACAUCUCCAUUCUGAAUCCAUGGGCAUUUAAUUCAUUUUUUCCAAAAUCUGUUUAUAAAUACAUAUUUACUGAUUUAUUGUCAAAUUAUUUUACAGUACAAUCUUAGGAAAGAAUAAGAUCAGUGCACCUGACCAUAUUAAAUGAACCAUUUUUGAAAAAUCAUGAAUUAUGAAAUCAUAUACUCUAUAUUGUAAAACUUUUCAUCCUAAUGUCUGACAAUGUGCAGUACAACCUAGGAAAAAAGGUAUAUUUUGGCGUUAGGCAUGUGGGUUGUAUCGCAUUGUAAAGAAGACGUGGCAGUGAUCACUGUUGUAAUGAUGAGGCCAGCAGCUUGUCUGCAAAUACAUAAAAAACACUUCAUAGUGUAUUAACCCCAGGACUAUUAAAAGAUAUAAAACAUGA